AUGGCGCCCGCCGCCGAGGUCAUCGACGCGUGUCGCCGCUGCGAGGACGGGGGCGCCGAGACGGACGGAGGUGCCGAGUCAACCUCCCCAUCCCCGUUCGGCGACGCCGCGCAGGACGCGCUGCAUCGAUGCGUCACCCACCCCAUCGCGACGUCGCACCCGCCGGACAGGGAAUACGUCGCCCGGCUGCUGAAGCUCGCGACGCUCGAGGCGGAGCGCUCGGGGCGCGAGCUCUCCGAUCGCGUCGGCGACCUGGUGACGCGAACAUUCACCCGAUGCGACGGCGCGGACGAGGAGGCGGGGUGGUGCCACAAGACGUACGUGUACAGGCAUCCGACGUCCGACGCCGAGCGGCGGCCCGAUCGCGACGACGUUAACGUUAAUGUUAACGUUAACGACGACGACGACGACGACGACGACGACAUUCGCGACGCGCCCUCGGUCUCGUUCCGGAUGCACCGGAACCUGUUCGAGGGUGGGACGGGAUGCCACGAGUGGCACGCGGCAAUAUACCUCGCCGAGCUCGCGCUGACGCAUCCGAAGCUGUUCGAACACAGGCGCGUGGUGGAGCUCGGGUCCGGAUGCGGGGUCGCCGCGACGGUGAUGGCGAGGGGGGGAGCGGCAUGCGGGGUGCGCGGUGGGUCGGGCCCAGUCGGGGCGCCCAGUCGGCUGGUCCUCACCGACGCCGACGCCGGAGCGCUCGCGAACCUCGAGAGAAACCUCGCCGCAAACGACGUUCGAGUCGAACGAUACGAAUCCAACGACGAAUCGAACGACGACGAGUCGAACGAGCUGUCAAACGACGACGACGACGACGUUCGCGCCUGUUCCGUGCGUACCGCGAGGCUCAACUGGGAAGAUUUGGAAGCCGGCGAUUACUUCGGAGGAGGCGGGUCUCGACCUAGAGUCGACCUCGUCGUCGCGUCCGACGUGUUGUACGAUCCGCUCAACGUGACGCCGCUGCUGAACGCGUGCGAGCGCAUCCUCGGGGAUCGGGACGGGGACGGAGAGUCGGCACCCCCGGGGACAAUCCCCGGGGACGGAGAGUGGGCACCCCGGCCGUGGCACGAGGACGCGAUGAGUCGCCCGAGCGCGAUUUUCGUCACGACGCUUCGGCAGCCGGAGACGCUGGCGCUGUUCGAACGCGUCGCCGCCGAGCGUGGGUUCGAGCCGCGGGACGUGACCGCGGAGGUGACGUGA